UACGCGCAUCGAAACUGUGCUCGCUAUCGGUUUCCUGUAUCGAAUCUGUAGCUUUAUUGCCGUAUCGCUGUACUUGCGUCUCACCGCUUCGAUCGCAUCUUGCCGCGCAUAACGUUUUCUGUACAAGAACCUAUCAGUCCGUACGUUCUCGCUUUUUAACGUCGAAGUUCGGGCAAAAUCUUUCAAAGUUAUGUUUUUUGGUUGAAAGUGGCCUGAUUAUCGCGCUGUAGCUAACGUAUGUGGUACCUGCCUAUCGGUUUUUCUUCGCAGACCGCAGUUAUCUGUGGACGGGCAGCUGAAGUUCUUCGUCAAAUUUCCCCAGCUUUCAAAGCCUUCGUGAGCAAAAUUGUCGGAACGAUGCCUCGUCCUCCCAAAUCUGCUCCCCUGUCUCCCAAAAAGAUGAAGUGGCUUGUAGCUACUCGCAUCGACCGCGAAGAUGAAUUCCGACGCUGUACCAGUAAGGCGAAGUUCUGGUCAAAAGUUUUCCAAGAAAUGCAGAGCGUUUUUAAAGAUGCCCUGGGUAACCGAACCAGCGAAAACCUGAAGAUCUCGUACGAAAAUGCGUGGAAGAAAUAUAAGGCAGAGAAAAAACGAAAAAAUGUCACCGGAGAGAGCGGCGAAGUAAAAUACUAUUUAUUCGAACUAUUUGACAAGACGUACGGAGACCGAGACGAUAUUGCUUUUGCCAAUAAUUCGGUAGCUUUAGGAAGCGGUUCUGCGAGUAGUGCUUUGGAAGAUAUCGGUUGCGAGGACGGUGAAAUGAACCUCAGUGACGACGAUACACCACAGGAUACUCCUGUUGGAUCUCCAGCUGGAAGCGCGGAAAAAGCAAAAAAGGCUAAAAAAAGUGAAAAGCGAAGCGCCGCUGGUGAGACUGUGAAACUCAUGACGCGAUCCGUGGCCAUCAUGGAUGAUAUGCGAACCUCCUUGACUGAGAUGGUCAAACUUGAGAGAAUGAAGGUUGAGCUAGCAAAGUUGAAGUUUGAGCGUCAAUAUAAUGUCGAGGUUGAGCUGGGAGUAGAGGAAGUUGUGGCGGUUUUAGAGGAAGGGUGAAAUUUCUUUAAAGUGAAAUCUUGUGAAACGGGAGUCCCACGUUGUGAGAUUAUUGUGGUAAAUCUGGAGAAAUUCUGGUGUAGUUAUUUUUGUUGUACUCUGGAAGUCACC